AUGGAUUUAACGGUAGAAGCAGGCCCAAAUCCCAGGACCCCCGAAAAAGAACCCAGCAAUUCACGGGUCUCGAGCACGAUGGCAACUAUCCAUGACGAUGAUGAGCUGCUGCUGGCUCGAAUCGGGUAUAAACAGGAAUUGCGGCGAGAAUUCUCGAAAUGGUCGACCGUCUCGUAUGCCAUUUCGAUUCUAGGAGUCCUCGGUUCUGUCCCGGCGACUUUCGGGGCGCCGCUGGCCGCUGGCGGCCCAGCAACUGCCGUCUGGUGUUGGCUGAUCGGGUCUUGUAUGGCCUUGUGCAUCGGUAGCUCGGUGGCGGAACUAGUAUCAGCAUAUCCCACGGCGGGAGGAAUGUACUUUGUGACGAAACAUGUCGUUCCUCCAGAUCAAGUCCCUGUUUUCUCCUGGAUACAAGGCUGGUGCAAUCUCCUGGGUCAAACAGCGGGGGUGUCCAGCGUGGCAUAUACGGUUAGUCAAAUGCUGCUGGCCUGUGUCAGUAUGAACUCGGAUCUUAUCGAUGGGAAAUAUACAUAUGAACCAACGGCUCUGCAAACCGUGCUGCUGUCGAUUGCAAUCCUGUGUAUCCUUGGAGUUAUCUGUUCUUUGACUACCAAGUCUCUACAUCGGAUCAUUUUAUGGUUUGCUCCGAUCAACAUCAUCGCAACUAUCUGCAUCUGCAUCUCCCUGGUCACGCUUACACCCGAUCUGCAACCAGCUUCCUGGGUUUUUGGCCAUUUCACGGAUGGCUCCGGAUGGGGUUCAAAGGUGUUCUCCUUUUUCUUGGGUUUCUUGUCGGUUGCUUGGACAAUGACCGAUUAUGACGGGACGACACACAUGUCUGAAGAGACACACGAUGCCGCCGUGCAAGGGCCAAUUGCUAUCCAAACGGCCGUCAUAGUAUCUGGUGCAUUUGGAUGGCUACUCACUGUCUCCAUGUGCUUCUGUUUGACUGAUUUCGAGGGCAUCCUCGACUCUCCCACAGGUCUUCCUGCGGCACAGAUUUUCCUGAAUGCCGGUGGCAGGCGAGGAGGCACAGUCAUGUGGGCAUUUGCCAUUCUUGUUCAAUCCUUCACGGGGUGUUCAGCUAUGCUAGCGGACACUAGAAUGGCAUUUGCGUUUGCCCGAGACGACGCUCUUCCGUUUUCAAAAAUCUUAUCCCAAGUCAAUUCUCGCACCCACACUCCCGUCAAUGCUGUGUGGUUUGUCGUGAUCUUCAGCAUAUGUCUGAAUUGCAUUGCAAUUGGCUCUACCCAAACGGCCACAGCUAUCUUCAGUAUCACUGCCCCAGCACUGGACUUAUCUUACGUGUCUGUCAUUCUUGCACACCAGCUAUACAAGUCCAAGGUCAAGUUCAUCGAGGGUCCUUUCACACUUGGUAAAUGGGGAACUCCCAUCAACUAUGUGGCUGUGUUUUGGGUCUUGUUCAUCAGCACCAUUCUGUUCUUCCCGCCACAGCUUCCAGUAACACCGGCAAACAUGAACUAUGCCAUCUGCGUUGGUGGUUUCAUUGCUGCAUUUGCUAUGAUUUGGUGGUGGACCGCAGCUCGAGGGUAA